UGGGGGGCUACCCGAGGGCGGCCGUGGAGGGCGAGGGUGAGGGGCGUCCCCUGGGGAGCGCGCCGCUGUGGUGACCCGCUCACCUCGUGGUCACCGCCCUGCCCUGGGGUGGAGUGUGGGGCAAAGGGGCGUGGUUUGAGAUGCACUUGCCUCUUGCUUAGCUGUGCACCUCUGGCAAGCCUGUUGACCUCUCUGAACCACAGUAUCCUCGUCCCUCGUAAAAAUAGGCAUAAAAAUACGGGAUAUAUAAUGAUAACCCUACCUAUAGACUUGUGAGGAGUGAAAGAGUUCCUAUUCACGUUAGUUAUUAGUGUUAGUUGGCAGUUACAAGAACUUUCUGGGACUGGGGCAGAGUAAGAAGUGCCCCAAUGAUACUUUUGUUUGUUUUGUUUUUAAUUUCUCAAGAGUUUAGGACGAUGUCUGGAAUAUAUUUGGUAAUCAAUACAUAUUGUGAGUGAGUGAAGGAAAGGAGACCUUAUUGCAACGAUAAUUGGCGAGAUAAUGGGAAUGGUCUGCCCUACUUUUACCGGCUAACAUCUAAAUUUAGGAGAUUGCAUAUAUGUACACACAAAAGUCUGUCUUCUCUUGAAAAAUUAGAAGAUUUGGCAAUAUUGGGUCUGCGUGGUGAAUUGUUUGAAGUAGAAUAGUGGCUGCCCAUUUAAAACAGAGCACAGGCUCCGGACGCGCAGGCGCAGCGGCCAUGGCUCACGGGCCCAGCCGCUCCGCGGCACGUGGGAUCCUUUCCGACCGGGGCACGAACCCGUUUGCCCUGCAUUGGCAGGUGAACUCUCAACCACUGCGCCACCAGGGAAGCCCUAUCUCUGAUUUUAAGAGUAUGACCAAGGUGGACAGUUGCUGUUGGGAUCCUGGCUGGUUACAGUACGGCUGGCAUUUCCUCAUUUUGGUAAACUUUCAGGGUCCCAGGUUUGGCAACUGCACCGCAGGAAGCGUGAGAGGGACCUCUUUGCUCCUUUCAACCUAUUGCACUUGUGCUGUUGUCCACCGGGUGCGACUGCCACGGCCGAAUCCUGCAUCUGGACUUGGGCGGCGGAUGGGACCUUACAUGGGACUUCAGAUGUUUUAGAACGUUGAACCUCCGGAUGCGAUGUCAUGGAAACCUAUCGGCCUCUUCCUUCUGGGUGGCCUCUCUUCCGGUAGGAAGCCCUGCAGCAUGUACAUUUCACGUCAGCUCCUGGCCAGCUCCUUUCCAUGGGAUCCACAGAGCACAGAUGGUGUACUGAAUGCACGCAUCUGUAGCGGUGCAUCUUGUGUCUACGGCAGCGUGCUUUGCUGUGCAGUUCAGGAGGGUGGAGACGAGUUGGGGAGAGCCAUGGGGUCUGAGCCAGCGAGCGGAGCGGGGACCCGCAGGAGACGGGAGAGAUCUCCAGAAGAGGGGCUGCCCGCUGUACACGGCAGACAGUGGGCGAUGGCCAGGCGAGCGCUAAUGACAGUCCUCCUUUUCAGUCUAAUCCUCGCUGGUUCUCUGCUGCUUUGGGGCUACAUUUUCCAGGGCUGCGGUCCUGCCCACUGUGAGACGCCUGUGUGUCGGGACCUCCUGAGUCUUUACCUGGCCUCUGGAAACACCAGUGUGGCCCCCUGCACUGAUUUCUUUAGCUUUGCCUGUGGAAACACCAACAGGACCACUAGUUCUUUUCAGGCUCUUGCAAAGGAGAACAAGCGCCGACUUCAGAGAAUACUGGAAGCCCCAGGUUCCUGGCGCCUGGACUCUGGGGAGGAGAAAGCCUUCCAGUUCUACAGCUCCUGCAUGGACACAGGUGCCAUUGAGGGUGCAGGGGCUGGUCCCCUCAGACAAGUUAUUGAGGAGCUUGGAGGCUGGCCAAUCUCCGGUGAUUGGACUCCCUUAGACUUUAACCGAACUCUGAGCCUUCUGAUGAGUCAGUAUGGUCACUUCCCAUUCUUCAGAGCCUAUUUGCGACCUCUUCCCACCCCUCCGUACACGCCGGUCAUCCAGAUAGACCAGCCAGAGUUUGAUGUUCCCCUCAAGCAAAAGCAGGAGAUGAACUAUGCCCAGAUCCUGCGGGAAUACCUGACUUACCUGAAUCGCCUGGGAACCUUGCUGGGAGGAGACCCAAACAAGGUGGGAGAACACGCCUCCUUUUCCAUCUCCAUUAACUCACAGCUGUACCAGUUUCUGAGGCCCCCGGAGCAGCAGCAGGCACAGGGAAAGCUCUUCCAGAUGGUCACGAUUGACCAACUGCAGGAAAUGGCCCCUGCCAUCGAUUGGUUGUCCUGCUUGCAAGCGACAUUCGCACCAAUGUCCCUGAGCCCCUCUCAUCCCGUCGCAGUCCAUGACCUGGAGUAUUUGAAAAACAUGUCGCAACUGGUUGAAAAGCAGCUGUCGAAGCACAGGGACUUCCUGCAGAGCCACAUGAUCUUGGGUCUGGUGGGGACCCUUUCUCCAGCCCUGGACAGUAAAUUCCAAGAGGCACGUAGAUUGCUGAGCCAGAAACUGGGGGAGCUGACAGGACGACCACCCACGCCCGCCCACCCUCGCUGGAUGACGUGUGUGGAGAAGACGGCAGCCUUCUUCAAGCCUACGCUGGCAACCUUGUUUGUCCGUGAGGCCUUCGGCCCCAGCACGCGAAGUGCUGCCAUGGAAUUAUUCACUGCGAUCAAGGAUGCCCUCAUCGCUCGCUUCCAGAUGCUUCCUUGGAUGGAUGAAGAGACCCGGGCAAAGGUCCAGGACAAGGUCACCCAGCUGCAGGUGAAGAUGGGGGCCCCGGAAUGGGCCUUGAAGCCAGACCCAGCCAGACAAGAAUACAACGAUAUACGACUUGGACCCAGCUUCCUGCAGUCCUUCCUGAGCUGUGUCCGAUCCCGCCGAGCUAGAAUCAUCCGGAGUUUCCUGCAGCCUUUCCCCAACCACAGGUGGCAGGUGCUCCCCUGGGGCGUAAAUGCCUACUAUUCAAUACCUGACCAUGUGGUGGUCUUCCCAGCCGGACUCCUCCAACCCCCGUUUUUCCACCCUGGCUACCCCAGAGCUGUGAACUUUGGCGCCGCCGGCAGCGUUAUGGCCCAUGAGCUGCUGCACAUCUUCUACCAGCUCCUAUUCCCUGGGGGCUGCCCAGCCUGUGACACCCAUGCCCUACAGGGGGCGCUAGUGUGCCUGGAGCGCCACUAUGCUGCCUUUCCAUUACCCAACGGGACCUUCUUCAAUGGCUCCCGCACAUUCCUGGAGGAUGCUGCAGACACGGGGGGACUGGCCAUUGCACUGCAGGCAUACAACAAGAGGCUAUUAUGGUACCGUGGGGAGACCACCCUGCCCAACCUGAACCUCAGCCCCUGGCAACUCUUCUUCCGAAGCUAUGCCCAGGUGAUGUGUAGGGACCCCAGCACCCAGGAUCCUCAGGACACUCACAGCCCUCCUACCCUUCGAAUCCACGGGCCCCUAAGCAACAGCCCAGCCUUCGCCAGACACUUCCACUGUCCCCACGGCACCCUCAUGCACCCCUCCAGCCGCUGCCAGCUCUGGUAACCCAGCUGGCUCCCAAAGAGACCUCAGUACAGAAGUCAGAAAAAAUCAGAGGAGAAACCGCCAAGCAGAGUUCCAAGGACGUGAGACAAGGAAAGAACCAGU